AUGGCCCUGAAUACCUUUAUUGACUCCAAGGAAUUGGUGGUUGUCAUCACCGGUGCCGACUCGGGCUUUGGCGCAGGAAUUGUCGAAGAUCUCCACCGGCGCAGAGGAUAUAUUAUCUAUGCGACUUGCCUGACUAAAGCGGCGGUUGAGAAAUACCAGGCUAGGGACUCUACCCGACUCCAUGCUCUACAGGUCGAUGUUACCAACCAGGACGACGUUAACCGUCUUCGUGCUCAGGUAGAGGCAGAGUGCCCCCAGGGUAUCUACUGUGUCUUCAACAACGCUGGAGUGUACCUGGGCGGAUUCUUUGACUUUUCGACCGAGGAGGGCUUUCAGAAAAUCAUGGAUGUCAAUUACAUGGGAGUCGUGCGCAUCUCCAAGGCCCUAGUGCCGUCUUUGAGGACAUACGCCAGGUCCCGACACCACGCCGUCCUUGCCGAAGCCGGCCAACAAAAGUUACCUCGUGCUCGACUGUUGACGAUCACAUCUGUUGGUGCUCGAUCUAAUACCCCCGGGUUCAGCGGUUACAGUGCAUCAAAGCACGCCACCGCCUCGUUACUCGACACCAUCCGAAUCGAGCUAUCACCAUGGGAGAUCGAUGUCUCAAUGCUCGAGCCCACUUGUGCAAAGACACCGCUGGCGGGCCAGUUUUGA